AUGGCAAAUCACAAGAAAAGGAUUAGUGGUAAGAGCGAAGGCAUCGGUAAGCCAAAGAUGACGAAGGAUGAAAGGCGUGCCAAGUACACCCAAAUUGCCCGAGAUCGCAAAGCCAAACAGGUGGCUCGCGAAAAAUCGAUCAAACUCGUUUGCUAUAACUGUCGGAAACUUGGGCAUGCAGUAUCUGAAUGUCCUGAACAAAAGUCGCAACAAAAGAUGCAACAGAGCGACGUCAAGAUUUGUUACAAAUGUGGUUCGCACGAUCACGCGUUAGCCGCGUGUCCCUCAAUGAGAGCUGGUGGUAAAAAACACGACGGUACGUUGCCGUUUGCAACUUGCUUCAUCUGUCACUUGACGGGUCAUUUGGCUUCCAAGUGUUCGCAGAAUGAGAAAGGUAUUUAUGUAAAUGGUGGAGCUUGCAAGACGUGUGGGUCGAAACAGCAUCGGGCGACGGAUUGU